UUCCUAAAUUCGAAUCGCUCAAAAUAACAUUAAUUUGAUUGUAUCGCUUCAAUCACGUUCCUCUCUCCCUUUCUUCUCGCCAUGGAGAUGGCCGAAGAGGACCUUGGCUCCCGCUCCGGCUCGGCUCCCCCUUUUCCAGCUAUCGUCUCUCUCACCCCCUUCUCCCCUAACCCUUCACCCUCCGCACGCCGCCUCUCUAGCCAAUUCACCAAGCCGAGCCUCCCGGUUGCGCCGGCGCGGCGUCUGGCUUGGGUGUCUCUCCAGGGGAGGCUUGUCAAUGCGGAGGAAGCCAGUUCGGCUCGAACCAUUGGGGGCGGCUUGAGCCUGGAAGAAGCUGCGGCGUGGGAACUUUUCACCCCUAUUCAACGGGUUCUCAUUGUUGCCGUGAUUGGCGUUGCGGUUGCAGAGUCGAAGAAGAAUCGGACCAUUACGCAGCUUAAGAAAUCUGUGGAACUUAGGGAUCAGGUUCUAUCAAGCAUGCAACAGAAGCUUGACGCUCUCUGUGAGCAGAUGAAUGACACUAAAGAUCGGUCAGGAAGCGUGGUGAAUAUGUCAUAUAACAAGAAUGCAAACCAAUCAUCAUGUAGUGAAUUUUUCGGAUGCGAUGAAAUGAAAUUGGUUGACUGUGGUUGUUGGCUUUGUAGUCAACACCAUGAACUGGUUACUGGGAUUACGUAUAAAAUGCCUUUCGUCAAAGAGGUAGAACAAGAGGAGCGACGUAUGUCUGAUUUGUCUGACUGGGCUUCCAGUGUCACAUCUGCUGCUGACAUCCAGUUUAACACCUUUGCAAUGGACCAAGAUAUCUCCAAUCUUAGAAAAGAGUGCGAAGAAAAGGAUGCCACCAUAGGAGAGCUCACCACUAUUCUCCGGUCAUCUAGUGUUGCUGGUUCAAAGAGAAUUUCAGAGUUGGAAGACAUUAUCCGUAGGAAGAAUAUGAUGAUUACGAGACUUAAGAAGGACAUGAUUGUUUUAGAGGAAAAGGUGGUGCAGCUAACUAGGCUUCGCAGACCCUCCUCUGCAUCAAUCCCAGACAGUUGGCAAUUUCCAGUCAUGGUUGAUAACAUCAUUUAUGGUAUGGACAGUACUACUAGCCCUUCCUCUUCUGAUUCAGAUUCUCCUCCUGUGAACCGCCCAAAAGCUCAUGUUGCUGAAGCUGAUGAGAUUUCUGCUCAGAAGAAUGAGCUUGCUUCAGCAACUAAUCAGAAAUCAGCACCUUCCAAAAGCUCAAGUUCACUUAACAAAUUAACUGAUCGCCUUACAAGAUCUCGUACAGUAAGUCCUCUUAAAGAAGUAUCAAUGAAUCCCAAGGUCAAUACGCGUGCUGUAUUGAAGCAGAAACACUCGGCUGAUGGAGAUCUUAGAAAGAGUAGAAGACCAACCCAAAUGUUAUCCAAGGAUGCAACUCCCCAGAAGAGAUGGGCUUAGCAGGUCGAUGGUAGGUCUGUAGAUGCAUACUUAUAUGAUGUGUUGCAAAAUGUUUUUGCAAACUCAAGGUAAAGUAAUGUUAGUAUUUGUCCUUGUAGUUCAGCAGGCAAUUUGCUACUCCAUGUCAGCGUUAUAUUAUUAUUUCUAUUCCAGCGCAGCAGUUCUUUGUUUCCUUGUAAUUCGAAGGUAAUAUUUCUAUUAAGUUCAGAUUAGAACCUUCAGUUCUUUA